UAUAGUAUCCUUCAAAAGCAAAAAAUGACAUCCAAUUGGAGGGACAAUUACUUAAUGCACCUCCAAGUUUUAUAAUAUCCCCUUCUUAUCCUUCCCCAAACCUCCAUGACCACUGCAUCUCACCUCCAGUCCUCCACUCAACACCAUCUUCACACUGCACCAAAUUCACCACAGUGCCGCCAUCCAACCACCCAUCACCUUCACACACAUCAUUGUGACCUACGAACCGUUACCCCACAUCAUCCUCAAAUGUAUUAUGGAUUGAAUAAUUCAUAAUAUAUUUGUAAUACAUUUUUAGUAUGGAUUACUCAAUCUGACAGUCUUAUAAAAUGAUUUUUAUUUUAAUUAAGCUUACAGAAUUCAAAUGGGCUAAAAUCUGUUUAUUAACUUAUGUAAUUAUUAUGUUAUAUUAUUUUAAAAAUAUUUUUUUAUAACAUCUUCAAACAGACACCCAUUAAAAUUUCCGCCAAAAAAGGAGUGUUAGUUGGGAAGACACACACACAACACAACUCUUCCUAAAUCUAACACACACACUUGCACUUUGCAUUCCAAAUUCCACAACUUUCACUUUCUACAACACUACUUUCCCACACUUUCUCUGCAUCCAAACAGGGCCCAAAAGAAAGAGAGGGAAAAUUCUCUUCCAUGGCCUCUUUACGCCCUGCCAAUGUGGGAAUCCUUGCCAUGGACAUCUACUUCCCUCCCACCUGCGUCACCCAGGAAGCUUUGGAGGGUCAUGAUGGGGUGAGCAAAGGGAAAUACACUAUUGGGCUUGGACAGGAUUGCAUGGCCUUCUGCUCUGAGGUUGAAGAUGUUAUCUCAAUGAGCUUGACGGUAGUUACUUCACUUCUCGAAAAAUUUAAUGUUGAUCCUAAGCAAAUUGGACGUUUGGAGGUUGGGAGUGAAACUGUUAUUGACAAAAGCAAAUCAAUUAAGACCUUCCUGAUGCAAGUUUUUGAGGCAAGUGGUAAUAUUGACAUUGAAGGUGUUGAUUCAACUAAUGCAUGCUAUGGAGGAACAGCUGCUUUGUUCAAUUGUGUGAAUUGGGUGGAGAGUAGCUCAUGGGAUGGACGUUAUGGACUUGUUGUAUGUACAGACACUGCGGUAUAUGCUGAAGGACCUGCUCGUCCCACUGGAGGAGCAGCUGCAAUUGCCAUGCUUGUAGGGCCAGAUGCUCCUAUUGCUUUUGAAAGCAAACUCAGAGGCAGUCACAUGUCUCAUGCAUAUGAUUUUUACAAGCCAAAUCUUGCUAGUGAAUAUCCAGUUGUUGAUGGAAAACUCUCACAGACCUGUUAUCUCAUGGCACUUGAUUCCUGUUAUCAGCUUUACUGUAAGAAAUUUGAAAAAUUGGAGGGGAGACCUUUUUCAAUGUCAGAUUCUGAUUAUUUUGUGUUUCAUUCUCCAUACAACAAGCUUGUGCAGAAAAGUUUUGGCCGACUAUACUUCAAUGACUUCUUGAGAAAUCCCAGUUUUGUUGAUGAAGUUGCCAGGGACACCCUUGCACCAUAUGCAUCCUUAUCUGGUGAUGACAGUUAUCAAAGUCGUGAUCUUGAAAAGGCAAACCAGCAAGCUGCAAAACAUCUAUAUGAUGCAAAGGUGCAGCCCAGCACACUAAUCCCAAAGCAAGUUGGUAACAUGUACACUGCAUCUCUUUAUGCAGCAUUUGCUUCUCUUCUUCACAAUAAGAACAGUUCAUUGGUAGGUAAACGGGUAGUUAUGUUUUCAUAUGGAAGUGGUUUAACAGCUACAAUGUUCUCCUUCCACCUUCAAGAGGGUCAACAUCCUUUUAACUUGUCAAACAUUGUAACAGUGAUGAAUGUUUCAGACAAGUUGAAGCAGAGAGUUGAGAUUCCUCCUGAAAAGUUUGUUGAAACAUUGAAGAUCAUGGAACACCGAUAUGGGGGGAAGGACUUUGUGACAAGCAAGGACUGUAGCUACUUACCUCCAGGCACCUUCUAUCUCACCAAUGUUGAUUCCAUGUACAGAAGAUUUUAUGCCAAGAAGGAGGUUAUUGGUUAGUUGAUGAUUGCUGAUAUAUUCAAAUUUAGAGUUAAAAUGUAUUUUGUUAUGGUUCACCUGUAUUUGAUUCCAUAAGUUUGUUUAUCAAAUUGUUUAUAAGAUGUAUCAUUUUUUUGUGAUGAUCAGGUUGUAUCCAAAAUAAGAAUAAGUUUAUGUGCGAAUUGGCAAUUGUUUUUAAAUGCACUAAUAAUGCAAAUGUAUUAGUAGUUUCUUCUUA